AUGUCGUCUGCAACCCGAUCGAUCGCAGAGGUGAGGUCCAGUGACAUACCACUGGCGCUAGUUGCAGACCCAGAAUAUGUGAGCCCCAACAGCGACCAUCUUACGAAUCGGAACAAUGAGAGUAUUGCAUAUGAGUAUCCCGAGGGGGGACUGGCAGCAUGGAUUGUGGUUGCUGGGUCUUUUAUGCUGCUGACAUGUACAUUUGGCAUGAUGAGCACGGUAGGAGUGCUCCAGUCCUACUGGGAGAUACACCAGCUUCGAGAAUACUCCUCAAGUACGAUAGGAUGGAUAUCGUCAGCAUUUGUGUUCCUCAACCUCUUACUAAGUGUCCAAGUUGGCCCGCUGUUUGAUAGGUAUGGUCCACGCUGGAUCAUGGUCGUGGGCUCCGUUCUCUACGUUUUGUCUAUCGUCCUCCUGGGGUCCUAUGAGGAAUAA